GACGGCCGAUGUUGCCGGUUGCCGCACGGAGGAGUUGCUGCAUAGCGGUCGAUGGUCGGUCGGAGGUCAGGCGAUGCUGUCGGACGACGAACUACCGAUUCUGGUAUUUUCCACUAAAAAAUUGCUUCAAGCGACUUCGAGCCAUGACUGAGGCGUUUCCAGAAGCCAACCUAAAGACCAAGUUGCCUUCUUCCAUCAAGAGAUAGCUGCGCUGCGGGAUGGAGGUGGAGUGACGGAGUCUCUCUGCCAUCUCAGGUGAUGCACCACCAGCAGGAGAAAAUGCAUGGCGUCGGCGGAUACAUUUUUCUGGCCCUGAUGUGUCUCGACGCCUCUCACGCCGCCGUGGCUGGGAAACACACAGAGAACGGGACGGAGGCAGACGGCGGGUUCGUCCCAGCUGUGUUCACUAAAGUGAGCCAGAUAAUUGCCCGGGAGGGGAGCUGCGCGCUGAUUGACUGCAACAUCACCGGAGACCCACCUCCCCGCGUGCAGUGGUUCAACUCCCACGGAGAGCAUCUGGACACGGAGACGAGCGGUGGGAAGUGGUGGCUGCUCGACAACGGCGUCCUCAACAUCACCAGCAUCCAGUUUGCAGACCGCGGCAAGUACACCUGCAUGGCGUCCAACGUGCAUGGCAGCUCCAACUGCACAGUGACUCUGCGCGUGGUUUUCACAAACGGCGACAUGGGCAUCUACUACAUGGUGGUGUGCCUGGUGACCUUCACCAUCAUCAUGGCACUGAACGUCACGCGCCUCUGCAUGAUGAGCAGCCACCUGAAGAAGACCGAAAAAGCCAUCAACGAGUUCUUCCGCACUGAAGGUGCCGAAAAGCUGCAGAAAGCUUUUGAGAUCGCCAAGCGCAUCCCCAUCAUCACCUCAGCCAAGACGCUGGAGCUUGCCAAGGUGACGCAGUUCAAGACCAUGGAGUUUGCACGGUACAUUGAGGAGCUGGCACGCAGCAUCCCGCUGCCGCCGCUCAUCAUGAAUUGCCGUACCUUCAUGGAAGAGAUCCUGGAGGUGGUGGGGGUGGACGAGAUGAGGCACACCUUUGUGCGGCAAGCGCCUGAGGGACGCCGUGACCCCGCAGGCAGGGUCGCCUCCAUUGGUGCCCGGGACGUUUUCACCAUCCUGCAGGAGAGGGAACGAGGGCGGGAGAGGGAGCGCAGCGAAUCCCCGGCGGCUGAUUCCGACAACUCCUCUGUUCAGGACCAGCCGCAGCACAUCGCCAUCCAGGUGUCGGUCCACCCACCGCUCCCCAACGGAGUUCACUGUGGCUUAGAUGCUCUGCCCCAGGCUGACGCCCUGUCCUCCACUCCUCCCCUUACCAAGGAGAAGGCCGAGGCAGCGGAUGAGCAGAGCGUGGACGUGGCUGUAAACGAGCCAGCCAAUAACAAUCCUCCCUGCCAGGUGUUUUACGAGAGCCAUGUUUGACGAGCAGGAACGGAAACGCCACUCAGAAAACGCACUCUGGAGACAGAACCCGUGCGCCUCUACUAUGCAUUACAGCAAAGACUGAAUAGGAAUCUUUUUUUAUUUCAUUCAUUGUGGGACCACGUGGACUUAGUGGUUCCUUGUUCACGUUUCAUCAAACUGAUCCUUGGGGGGGGUGUGCCUGAAUGUAUACAGGAAAAUUGUGUUCCUCAUGUAAGUAAUUAAACAAAGAAUUGUACAUUUUUGUAGCGCGCACAUUAUUGAUUUUUCUUUUUUUUUAUACCACAAUGGUUGUCACCCUUUCUAGACCUUAAAGGCUUUUGUUUAUUAGCACCCCCCCAAAUGACAUCCACCCACUGUGACAGUAGGUGGAUUCCCCUCCCCAGACAGUAACUGUCUGCUGUUGUUGCAUAAAGGUGUUUGGAUGCAUGCUGGACUGAAAAAUAUGAUUUUGUUAGGUCACUUUUUCAUCAAUAUACAAACUUCUGUGUCAAAGCAGGUAAAUGUACUGAAGCUCCGCACGGGAAACGCCUCAAAUAUGAUUUAUUAUUUUGGUGCUUGGUGUGACAUCAUUUGAGGUUGAGUUUGGAUUAUUUGAUCAUCUGCUGUUUUAUUGUGACAUUGCAUGGUCUUGGACUUGAUGGUAUGUGCAGGUGUCGCAGGAGGUCAGUGUGGACGCGCAUCUGUGAAUAAAAAGAACGCUUCUGCUUUCGAUGGUGCUGUUCAGACGCUUCUUUCUGUAGUGGAAUAAAAGGAAAGUACUGUUUAAAAAAAAAAAAAGCUUUACAACUUUGUUUUAUAAAUAUAUACACAAGU